CGACGGCCAACCUUCGCGCUCCUCCGCCUGUCUGGUGUCUCCCGGGGAGGCGGCCCGGGCCAUCCAUACAUGAUGGGUGGAAAGCGGGCAUGGGCAAGUGCCCUCUGCUUCGGACAACUGCAAUUGUCGUCUUUGGGACAAGUGUCACUCACUCACUCACUCGCAUCCGAAGUCCAUUUCAACUCUGGCCAUCGCCCCUUAACCCCUGAGCCUACUACAUACCACUAAGGCCUAGACGUCUUCCUCAACCUUUCGCCGACCGCCUCCUCCCGCAGCCAUGACCGCCGCCGCCGCCGCCAGCAGCAGCAGCAGCAACAGCCCGCAGCUCCCUCACAUCCGCGACCUGCACUCCUUCUCAGACCUCGAGCAGACGCAGGUCCUCGACCUCCUCUUCGAGCCCAGCCCAGCCAUCCACGCGACGCUCGUCCCCGUCAUCCGCACCGCCCACUACCAGUCCUACCCGGAGCUCAUCGACGCAUGCCAGAUCCAGCUGCUCUCCCUCGCCGCCGGCUCCGGCUCCGAGCCCGGCCCCCCGGCCCUGCUCUCCGUCCUCGGCUCCCACCCGCGCCUCGGCGCCAAAAAGGUCGACUCGGCCCAGUCCGUCGCUGAGCAGGCCAACCUCCAGGGCGAGGGCGAGGAGCUCGCCCGCCUCAACGACGAGUACGAGCGCCGCUUCCCCGGCCUGCGCUACGUCGUCUUCGUCAACGGCAGGGGCCGGCCCGAGAUCAUGCGGGACAUGAGGACGCGCAUCGACCGCGGCGACUAUUCCAAGGAGGUUGCCGCGGCGCUUCAGGCCAUGUGCGAUAUUGCCAAGGAUAGAGCGUCUAAGUUGCCCGUACAGCCGUCAAGAGCGAAUAUCUAGAUGAUCAGAGGCUAUGACAAUCCCCCCCCCCUCUUCUCUCUCGCUUAGACUCAGCUGUCGUAGUCUCACCCCGUCACAAAGGGGCAGGCCUAUAUGCCAUCAGAAAGCGUGUGCAUAGGUAGGCGAUGAGCCCGGAAGUAUAUAGAUAAAUAGACAUCAUUUCCGCUUGGUC